AUGAGCUGCCGCCUCUUGGACGUCAACUUGAUCAUCAUCGGUGAUGGGCCCGAAGCUGAGGUCCUGCUCCAGAGGCGCCUGCAGGCUGGCGGGAGGGCAUGCCUCCUCUACACCAGCCGUCGGCCCCAGCUACCCCAGUUCCGAUGGAGGGGUGAUCGAACAGAAAACAAGGAGGAACCGGAGGUCGAGGAGGACGCUGAUACAGAGCCCAUGUUUGAAGAGGAGACGUUCAUUUGGCAGCCCCCACGUUGUGACCAGCGAGAGCCUUGUGCGGCCGUGCGCCGUCUCAGGCGACGCUUCCACUGCGCUCAGAUUGGCCUGAUCCGCAUCGGUCCGGACAUCAUCGAGUUGGAGGCAGAGCAAAGAUACGAGCUGAUAAAGGACCGCAAAGGCAACCCCACGGGCGUGCGAGUGUUCAGAGCGGAGGCCAACAUCGAUGGCGACGUGGAAGGCAACGUGGUGUGGCAAGUGAGCGGAGCCGUAGUGCUAGCCGACGCGGUGGCCACGGACAUCAGCGAGAACUCAUGGCCGAGUCUAGGAAGAACCAGAGCCUGGGCGCAAGGCGUUGACGUGCAGGUGCAUUGGCAGGAUGCAAAGCCUGUGAUGAUUUCGCACCAUGGACCAGUGCUGAGCUCCGCCAUUUGGUUCAUCGGCUGCAUGGUCCUCUUCUACGUUCCCUCGGCAUAUUUCGAGCCGAAACUCGAACCUGGACACUUUGCAUGGUGGCGACUCUUGGCCCCUCUAAUCCUUAUGGUGCUGCCGCUUCAGAUGCACCCAAUGCUUGCAAGGGCUGCUUUGGGCUUCCGCCCCGCGAGACGAGUUGCUCUCCCUGUUCAAGCCGUUGCAGUGGCGGUCUACUUUUUAGGCCAAAUUCCGCCCAUGUACGUGCUGGGAGGCUACUACCAUCUCCCAUAUUUCGCGGGGUGGAUUCUUGUCAUGGAGAUUUGGGUGGCAUUGGAGCUGUACCUCAUGUACUGCUUGCACCGGGACAAGAAUUCGGCGAUCGAGCCUUGCAAGCACCCGGGUGUGAAACACAGGGAUUUCAAGAGACAAGUGCUUUGGACUUUGAUGCUGAGCUGGUCGCGGACUGUGAUUCAGAUUACCAUGUGGCUCAUCACCCUCAUCUACGGCUACGUGGAGCCUCUGAAUAGCUACGUAGCAGGACUAUGGCUGAUAGCAAGCACGGCCGCAGCCGAACUCGUGCUCGUUGGCACCACGCAAGUGCUGUACGACCGUAUGGUCUGGCGUCCAAGGGUGGACCCCACCUCUGAGGUAGCUGUACAGGGUGACCAGAUGGAAAGCCCCAGCUGCCUGAUUGGGUUCGCCCACGGCAUCUGCGAGUCCGUGCGGCUUACGAACCUGUUGGCAGCGGCCGUCUAUAGCAGCUCUUGGCAGUGGAGUUGGCUCGGCACCAUUGCCAUGACUUUUGUGGGGAAUAUUGUCCAGCGCCAGGGGAUUCACACGUAUCUAGCCCUGCUGGUGCUGCCGAAGCGCUUCUGGAAACUGAUCCGGCCUAGCUGCGUGAUGUUCAUGCACCGGCAUGCUAGGUUUUACUGCGGGUACUACCGUUUCUUGGGUGUCCUUGGUUUCAUUGCAGUCAAUGCAACUGCGCGAGAGGUGAUGCCGGAAAGGCCCCGGGAGCUGCUCUUUAAUGGGCAAACGCUUGCAUUGGCCUUCGUGCUUUUCAUGAUGGAAGUUUUGGAGGACAUCGUUGUGGGUUUCAACAUACUUCCUGUGGACCCGUGGAGGGACCGCAUGAAACACCUCUACGAAGAGCUUCAUCCACUUCACAUGAAACAGCUUCUGUGCAAGGACUCCCGUGGACUCUCCAGCGACUUGCCGCCCCUGCGCUUGCAUGGCGCUCGCUAUCUUAGCACCGGCGUGAGUCGCCUGCUGAUAGACACAGGCGCGCUGAAGUUCAUGAUGUUCUUGUGGGUCCGAUUAGGCAUCGGCUACACCUUCGGCAUCUGUCCUGAGCCGAUUCCACCCGGUCUACGGGUUCUUGACGCAAUAGCCUGGACGACCCCAUGGCGUUGCAGCUGA